GUCGCGGUUCCUGGCCAGCCAGGAUGGCAGCGUCCCGCCAGUUUCCGCUACUGGUCGAGGGGUCCUGGGGUCCCGACCCCCCGAAGACCUUGAUCAACAAGUUGCAAAUGUACUUCCAGAGCCAGAAGAAGUCGGGCGGAGGGGAGUGCGAGGUCGUCCGGGAUCCAGGGAGACCGGGUUGCUUCCUGGUGCUCUUCUCCCCAGAGGAUGUUCGCCAGAAUGUUCUGAAGAAAGAAAAUCAUGAGUUAGUGUGGCAAGGAAAAGGGACAUUCAAGUUAACUGUCCAGUUGCCCGAAGACCCAGAUGAAGCCUCGGUCUCUAAGGAGGCAGUUCCAGAAAAGGAAUCCAAGACAAAAAAAGAUGCUGAGAAGACAGGUUCUUCCAGCGACAGAUCAGAAAACAUGGAAGAUGUCUCCACAGAAUGUGAAAAUAUUUCCUCCAUGGUGGCAUUUGAAAACCUUCCUGAGAAAGUGACUGACAUAGUGCUGACCUUCCUAGUGGAGAAUAUAAGUGGCUUCCCCAGUGAUUACUUUAAGGUGGAAAUUAUCCAAGAUUUUGGUGUGGCUGUGGUUACCUUUCAGAAGCCUAUAGAUACCAAAAAAUUUAUUACUGAUUGUAUCAGUCAUCAUUCAAACCGACAACUUCAACUUGUCCCAAGACUUCUGGAAACAACGAAUGUAGUUAGGGUGGAAAACCUGCCCCCUGGGGUAGACGACUUCCAGCUGCAGCUCUACUUUGAAAACCCUUUCAAUGGUGGCGGAAGAGUUGCCCAUGUUGAAUGUUUCCCGGAAGAGAGUUCAGCACUGGUUGAGUUUGUGGACAGCAAAGUGUUAGACACCAUUAUGGCCAGGAAACACAGUUACAACAGGAUGCCACUGUCUGUCUUCCCCUAUUAUCCCUCUCUGGGCACAGCCUUAUAUGGCGAGGAGAAGCCACUGGUCAAGCUUCCAGCACCUUUCCGAGAGUCACUGGGUCUUCCUUUGUGGAAGUUCUUUCAAAAGAAUAAUCAUCUGAUCAAGGAGAUAAAUGACAAAAUGAGACGCUGUCACUGUGAGCUAGUGUGGUCUGAAAUCAAUGGUACAGUGACCAUCAGACCUGCUGCCACCUUAGUCAAUCAUAGACCAAGCAUCAAGACCUGGCAGAAAGACGCAGCCAACGUGCUGUCUGCCAUCAGGUCUGAAUAUGAAGUGAAGUUGUUUGAAGUGUAUCCGCCAGUGUGGGACAUCAUACAGCAUGAGUUAGUAGAUGACAGGGUUUUGAUUGAGUUUGAUAAGGACAGUCUCACCUUAGCAGGAAAAUCAGAAGAUGUCCAACACAUCGGUCAGAAAAUCAAGGAAUUAAUAGAUAGCACAACGGAAAAAGUCAGAAAGGAGGAGCAGAGUCUGAAGGAGAAAGUGGCCAUUUCUCCUGGGAAACAUUUUCUUUUGGAAUACAGUGGCUUUCUGAAGGAUCUAAGCAAAGAGUACCCAGACAUGGAGAUUCAUUAUGAUGCUGCCACUCAGAACCUGUGCUUUAAGGGAUUUCAUGUAGAUGUGUAUAAAGUAAAGUGUGACAUCCAGGAAAAGGUGUAUUCAAUGCCUCAGAAAGACGUCCAGGUUCCUUCUGAAAUCUUCAUGUUCCUGCAGCAAGUAGAUAGUCAGGAACUCUCCAAGACUCUUUUUGAAGCACCCGAGGUUCUUGCCACAUAUGAGCUGAACGAUACAGCUCUUCUCUUGACAGCCUAUUCUCACAGAGCUCUGGCAGAAGCAGAGAAGCAAAUUCUCAAUGCCUUAAGUUAUAAGCUCAUUGAAGUUGAGGACAAGGAAGUUCUUAGAGGCAAUGUGUGGAAAAAGAAAAUUCACCCUCUGCAGAAGAGACACAACUCCACUACAACCAUUAGAAUAAAGAACGAACUAACUUCAGGAACCCCGGCUGAGGUCAUCGUUGCUGGUUGUGUAAACGAAGUGAGUGAAAUCUAUAGCCAGCUUUUUGAGUUCUUGGAAAACAACAUGAAAAUUGAAAGGCUGGUUGAAAUAGAACCACCCUUGAUUAUUGAGUAUGUAAAGAUGGACAAGAAGCUAUUCUGGCCCAAGAUAAGGAAGGCAAAUGUGCAGGCAACUUUUAAGCUGGAAGAUGAACCAAAAGGCAUUUUACUAACUGGCUCUAAGAGCAAAGUUCUGGAGUGCAUGAACUUGGUCAAGCAAAUCCGGGAUUCAGCCUGCAUUCAAAGAUUCCAGAUCGAUAAGCCUGGUGCCAGGCAUUUCUUUCAGGAUAAAGCAUCGUAUUACAAAAGUGAGAUCAGGCGCAUGUAUGGAUGUGUCAUUGAACUCCAGGAGGGUGGAGAGAAGGAGAAAGGCAGCCUCCAGGCACAGAAAUGUCACUUACAGAAGGCCAUAGCCCCUGGAGUCAUGCUAAUUGUACAGCAGGGAGAUCUGACUCAGUUUCCUGCCGAUGUAGUAGUGAAUGCAGCAAAUGAGAAUCUGAAACACACUGGCGGUGUCGCACAAGCUCUUGCAAAUGCAGCUGGCCCUGAACUUCAAGCAGAAUGUGACCAGAUAGUAAAAAAUGGUGGCAUGAUCUUAACUGGCAAUGCUGUUAUCUCAAAAGCAGGCAAGCUCCCUUGUCAUCAUGUCAUCCACGCAGUAGGACCUCGGUGGAGGGGAUUUAAGGCCUGGGAGUGUGUGAGUCUGUUAAAGAAAGUUGUGGAUCGAAGUCUCACUUUAGCUGAGGAAUACAAGUGUCAAUCCAUAGCCAUGCCAGCUAUCAGCUCUGGAAUCUUUGACUUUCCCUUAGACCAGUGUGUGGCAACCAUUGUUUCAGCCAUCAAAGGCAACUUCCAGCGUAAGCCAGACAGACGCACCUUGAAAAAGAUUUAUCUGGUGGACAUAUCUGCAAAGGUUGCUGGGGCCUUUGCUGAAGCUGUAGAAACUGCAUAUAAAGACACCCUCUCCCACGAUGCUUCCCCACCCAGUUUAAAAGCAUUAGAAUCGGUACCACCACAGGCACAGGGCUGUCUGCUGGUGUCACCAGAAGGCCUGAAAAUCCGGAUGGUGGAGGAAGGUGUGCAGCAUGCAAAGACCGAUGUCAUUGUCACCUCCAUUCCCCCGGAUCUUGUACUCAACAAAGGACCACUUUCUCAAGCCUUAUUGGAAAAGGCUGGGCCAGAAUUCCAGGAGGAAUUGAAUGAAGCAGGACAAGGGGUCCCUGUCAAUGCGGGCACAAUCCUACAAACCAGUGGCUAUGGUCUGAACUGCCACCGCGUAUUUCAUGUGGUGGUUCCACAGUGGAAAGUCAACAAUACAGCAUGGUCACUGAAGAUCAUGAAAAACAUUAUCAGAGACUGUCUGAGGACCGCCGAGGAACAGUCUCUGCAAUCAAUUGGAUUUCCAGCAAUAGGAACAGGAAAUCUGGGGUUUCCUAAACCUGAAUUUGCUAAAUUAAUCAUUUCGGAAGUGUUCAAAUUUAGUAGCAGGAACCGGAAAACUUUACAGGAAGUUCAGUUUCUGCUGCACCCAACAGACAAAGGAAACAUUAAGGCAUUUUCAGAUGAAUUUGACAGAAUGAGCAGUGGAAACCCUAGUGACCAAAGUCCCAAGGCUGAAGACUCACAAGGGUUUUAUGGGAGUCUUUCCAGCCCUGCUUUAGGAGUUCACGAAAUGAAUAUUGGCCCGAUUCUCUUCCAAGUGGCCACAGGGGACAUCACCAAAGAAGUGGCAGAUGUGAUUGUCAAUUCAACAUCAAACACAUUUACUCUCAAAUCAGGAGUGUCCAAAGCAAUUUUGGAAGGUGCAGGACAAAAUGUGGAGGCAGAGUGUUCUGUGUUGGCUCAACAGAACAAGGAGUAUAUAGUUACUGAAGGUGGAUUACUGAAAUGCAAGAGUAUUAUUCAUGUGGUUGGUGGGAAUGAUGUCAAGAGAUCAGUUUCCUGUGUGUUGGAAGAAAGUGAACAACGGAACUACACAUCCAUUUGCCUACCAGCCAUUGGCACAGGAAAUGCUCAACAGGACCCAGAUGCAGUUGCUAAAGCCACAAUGGAUGCCAUUGAAGAAUUUAUCCAGAAAAAAUCAAUGCAGUCUGUGAGGAAAGUGAAAGUUGUCAUCUUUCAGCCCCAUAUUCUGAAAAUUUUUUAUGACAACAUGAAAGACAGAGAAGGCUCCCCACCUCCUCCCCAGCCAUCUAUGCUGUCUAAGAUCGCCUCCUUUCUUGGCUUUCCAAAGCAUGCUCCCCCCAAACAGAACACCUUGGUUUUGGAGAAGAAAAUACAGCAGACAGUUUUCCAAGUUUGUGGUGCAGAUGCAGAUAGCGUGGAAGGCACGAUCACCUGGAUACAGAAUCUGAUCACUGAUGAGCAGUUAUCCUACACUAGUCAUGAUGACUGCAUCCGAGACUUUGAUGAGAGGGAGUACAAGAAACUGAAUGAGCUGCUGGAGAAACUGAAUAUUGCCAUUGACCUGGACCAGAAGACACCUUCGAUUAAAGUUGCAGGAAUUAGCAGAGACGUGGUACGAGCCAGAGAUGAGAUUGAAGACCUGAUCAGGAGCAUUCAAUUGGCUAAAGAAAAGGAAAGCCAGGCAGACUAUGUCUUCUCAUUCGUGGAAUGGCAAUACAUUGAUAACAACAUCACAUACCAUUUUGACAAAAUAACUAACAUGCAGUUGGAGGACGCACGAAAGGCAAAGCACAAAAACACUGUUGUCAAAAUUAAUAAUCAGAACUUCACAGUGAACUUGAGCACAAACACAGCCACAGGCCCUCAAGGUCAGAGUCUCGCUGUUCAGCGCCACUUAAAAACUGAAGCUGAAAUUCCUGCAAAUUGGAGUGACAUGAAGCAGAAGAAAUUGCUUGUGGUCAGUCUGCAAACCAAUGAUCCUGAAUACAGCAUGGUGGCAAGCAAGUUCAAGCAGACUUGCGCAAACUUUAUCAUAGAGAAGAUCGAAAGGAUCCAGAAUCCAUCUCUCUGGAGGAGGUACCAGAUACACAAAAAAGUUAUGGAUGACAAGAAUGGCCAUAGAAGAAAUGAGAAACAGCUCUUCCACGGGACAGAGGCUAGCUGUAUUCCACACCUCAACAGCAAUGGAUUUAACCGCAGCUAUGCUGGGAAGAACGCUGUGUGCUAUGGGAAGGGAACCUAUUUUGCUGUCGAUGCUUCCUAUUCUGCCAAUGACGUAUACUCCAAGCCAGAUGUCAAUGGGAAAAAGCAUAUAUAUUAUGUGCGGGUUCUCACUGGGAACUACACAAAUGGAAACUCGUCACUGAUUGUGCCUCCUUCAAGGGAUCCUCAAAAUCCUACUGACUUGUACGACACUGUCGUAGAUGAUGCUCAAAAGCCAAGUAUAUUUGUAGUGUUUUAUGACAAUCAAGCAUAUCCAGAGUAUCUUAUCACGUUCAGGUGGUGACACUUCAGGGCAUCUUCCAAGAGAAAUUCAAGUUCAUGUAUCUGCUGCAAGACAAUUUUUGGCUGUUUUCCUCCUCAAGCUUUCUGUAAGAGCACAAGGUCUUUUUCAUGGACAUGCCAUGGACAUGUUUCCUCAGCUGCUCCUCCAUGAUGGGAAUGAAUCUACUUGAGACCCAAUGAACUUGAGAAUUCAAAUCAGAUAACAGCUGUAGCCGUGCUGUCUCAGAUGUGACAGUAACACCCUUAAGGACUUUCUGGAAGCCACGCAAUCCCAGCUGCCACCAGUGGAAUCAUGUCGGAGCGCAAUGGUGCCGUGGAGACGCACAGUUUCAUGGACCCAGUAAGGCUGGUAUCUGUCAACUGAACAGAUUCCACAGCAGAGAACAUCUUUCUUCACCAACAACCCUGUGCCAUGUGGCUUGGACAGCUCCAGCCAGGGCUGUGUACAGACUGGGUGCUGGGAUGUGGCUCAUGGUCUGUGUGAACUGAGCCCCAAGGAGGGGCAUGGCUCAGAAGCCCUGGCCCCAAUUGCCAGAGGCCCUUUUUAAUGUUAAUCCCACUGUUCUGGCUACCUAGUGAAAUCACUUGUAUGAUGCCUGUCACAUCUCCAGGAGAAGCCCUUCACUAUGAGUGAACUCUGAGGAUAUCUGCUAGCGUCUUUUCCGUGGCAGGCCAGCUUGUGAAGAUUUCAAAGCUUUAUGUGUAAGCCAACUAGUCAGAUUGCCAACUUACUAACUCAGUGUCUACUGGAUGGUAAUUCUUUCUUGUGGUACUGGGGACUGAACCCAGGGCCUCACACAUGCCAGGCAAGCACUCUACUACUGAGCUACACACCCCAGACCUCUUUACUUCUUAUUUUGAGGCAGGCUCUGGUUAGUUGCCCAGGAUGACUCUUAUACCCCUCUAUAACUGUGGCAGGCCUUGAACUCACUCUCUUCCUGCUUUGGCUACUUGUUGGAGGGCUGUGCCACCACACCUGACUUAAGUUCUUUUAAUUUUCUCCCGAAAACUUCAGCCUCAAUGCCAUUUAUUGAGUGCCUAGACUUUGCCAGGGAGAGUGAGAGAUGAGCUUACAUCCAUGAUUUUGUUCCCAUGAAUAGUGCUAUGGGAAGAAGUUUUCUAUAUUUCAAGGCAAAGGGAACACAUUUAGAGUACAAGAAACGUCCUUGCCUGCAGUCACCAAGGCGGGAACUCUCAGAGCCAGCCAGCUGAGUCUUGGUGUUGGUGUUGAGCCCUUCACAAUUCCCCCCAUAGAACCUGGCCUUGAGAUAAGCAAGUGCUGUUUCGGCCAUCAUUCAGUGUCUGUCACACAGGGAAAUCAGUGAGUGGCCAAUACUCAGAGUUCAUCACAUGGUGGUCAUUACACAGCGGCCGUUACUCAGUGGGGAAUAUCUCAGGUGAUCUGUGAGGCAACCCAAGAUUUUUCCAGCUUUUUUCUUUCUGGAUUUUGUGUCCACUCUACUCAUUAGGAGUUCUAUAGACAAGGAGCUGGUGCUGUGUGACAUCCUCGGGUGUUACACUCCUGAGUAGUGGGAGAAUUAAGUCGCUGGUUCCCACGAUGAGGAUUACAAUGGGCUUCAAGCAGAGCAAGGGGUCACCAUUGCUGUCCCAAUGACACAGAGGCCUUGGAACCUACGCUGUUGUUCAUAAGUGGACUAGCACAGACUGGCUUAGGAGGGCCUGGCUUCCCCUGCACUGGCUUCUGGACUCAGUACUGACAACAGUCUAAGGAAAUGCAAUAGAAGUGAGAGGCUGUUUUCAUCUGCUCUAGUUCCCCAGUGGUUUGGUUAACUCAGGGCAAGGCUGAAUAGCAUUUGUCACACUGAAGAAUAAGGACCCAACCAGCAUAUGUUACAGUUACCUUCAGAUUUGAAAAACGUCUCUCAGUAGAAUCAUUUUUCUCCUAAAGAGCAAACAUGGGGCCAUGGGUGUGUGUGUGUGUGUGGAGUUCAAUGACAUACAGUGGCUACUGCUGAUUUAAAAAAAGCCACAACUGAACAGGACAGUGCUGAAUGAUCCUUAAGGUUCAGGUGGAAAUUACUGGAAGGGCACAAUGCACUUUAAGGUAGAAAUCCCGUAUCCAAGGAGCAGCCAGCCUGGAGCCCCAGUCACGUCUUGAUAACUCACUGUAGGGCCACACGGGUCGCGUGUGCCUUGGUCACCUGAGGGGUGUGCUGAAAGCUCAAGCUGAGGUGCCACUUCAUGCACCCCAGAUUGUGCUCUCAGUGGGCAUCUGGAAGAUUCCAACAGCCCUGACACCCAGGGCCACACCAAGACUUUGGUACUUUUGCCUUUGUAGUCCCUUAGUGCAUAAACACAACUAAAACCUAAACUUGGGGGCUACAGAGAAGGGCUCGGUGGUUAAAAGCACUUGCUGCUCUUGCAGGGGACCUCGGCUUGUUUCCCAGCACCCACAUGGCAGUACAUGACCACCUGCAACUAUAAUUCCAGGGAGCCAAUGCCCCCUUCUGGCCUCUCAGGGAACUGCACAGAUGUGGUACACAUAUACAGUCAGGCAAAUACACAUAUUAAAUUUAAAAAAAUCUUUAAAAAAAUCCAGACUAUACAACUAUACUAACUACAUCCACAGAUAUCAUCAAGCCCUGCUGAAGUUAUUUUAGUAAAAAAAUAAACAAAUAAGCAAAAAACAAAACUGGGCGGUGGUGGCCCACCCCUUUAAUCCCAGCAGCACUCGGAAAACAGAGGCAGGUGGAUCUCUGUGAGUUUGAGGCCAGCCUGGUCUACAAAGCUACACAGAGAAACCCUGUAGCCCUGUCUUCAAAAACCCCAACCAACCAACCAACCAACCAAUCAAAAAAUACCCAACUCAAACAACAACAAAAAACCUGAAACAUUUUCACAGAGCCUUGAAAUCAAAGUGAGCCCUAGCCACCAUACCUACUGAAAACUAGGUGGGUGUUAGCCCUGCUGACUCACAUACACCUCGGAGCAGGACACUACAGGAAUGUGUGGGCUCUGUUGGCCUCUGCGCAGCCCAAGUACUUACUGACCAGUUGGUAUUACUCAGGUGAGGUCCUCUAGAGGCAGGAUGGUAUGGGAGCCAGGUCAUGCUAGCUUUCACUGCGCUCACCCUUUAUCUCUCAACAAAAGCAGGGCAUCCCCUCCCGUCACCCGCCUUUACCAACGUCUGUCUGAACUUUUCCCAGGUCUUUGUACAACAUUCCUCCUCACAGAAUUAAAGACUUCCCUGCAGAAGAGUCCCCAAGCUUUGCCCAGCCCAGCCUACAGUGAAUCCAUUCUGUCAGUCCCAUGCCUUCAGAGAACCUAAAAUGCAUCGUGAGAAACAUUUUUCUGAGUUUCACCAAAUAACACCCAUGCUUGAAACCAAAAUGUUUUUGUUCCCUUUAAAGUCAGAAGAAAGCUGUAACCCAGCCCCGAGGUUAUUGGUGCUUAUAACACAGCUGCUGAGAACACGGAGACGCUCCAGACCUGGCUGCACGGGACACCGAACGCUGGGCUUGUAUGGAUUCAGGCAUUAUGCUGGCCUACCUGUCACCUGCCAGAAUGCACUCAGGCAGUACCCUGGUCAGCCCAGGGUUCCAUGGUUGCGUAGUGUGAAUGCAGGUGCAAAGGACCCCUUUAAAAGAAAGACCCCACUCAUUUAUGCUCUUUCCACCGUUCCCCUGGGGCACUCAGGACUCUUCCUGUCUCCCCCUCUUCUGUCCUCCGUCUCUUUACCUCUUUUUUCCCCUUCCCCACCCUUUCCCUUUCAAAUAAACCUUCCAAGUUCUGGCA